AUGGUUGCGGUGGCGCUGAACCAGAUGUUGGUGGUGGCGGCGGCGGCUUCCCCAGCUGUGACUGCUUUUUCGUGGAGGAGCUGUUUCACUCUGCUUUUCCCACUCCUCUUCGUUGCCUCCUUCACCUUGGCUGCUGCCGCUGGCAGCGUCCCGGGAGCCGGCAACGGAGUUUUCAGCGUCAAAUACCGCUACGCCGGUAUGCAGCGCACUCUCAGUGACCUCAAAGCUCACGACGAUCGCCGCCAGCUCCAAAUUCUCGCCGGCGUGGAUCUUCCGCUCGGUGGUACUGGCCGUCCCAACGGCGUCGGGCUUUACUAUGCCAAGAUUGGAAUUGGGACGCCUUCGAACGAUUACUAUGUGCAAGUGGAUACGGGAAGUGAUAUCAUGUGGGUCAACUGUAUUCAGUGCAAAGAGUGUCCUAGAACAAGUACACUUGGAAUAGAUCUCACUCUGUAUGAUAUAAAUGAGUCGGCUUCUGGGACCUUGGUUACCUGUGAUCAAGAGUUUUGCUCGGAGGUUAAUGGCGGCCCAUUGUCAGGAUGCACUGCAAAUGUGACCUGUCCAUAUUUAGAGAUAUAUGGGGAUGGGAGCUCCACUGCAGGAUACUUUGUCAAGGAUGUUGUGCAGUAUGACACAGUUUCUGGAGACCUGGAAACCGCCUCAGCAAAUGGAAGCGUGAUAUUUGGAUGUGGUGCUAGACAAUCAGGGGAUCUGGGCUCAUCUACUGAAGCAGCACUUGAUGGGAUACUUGGAUUUGGAAAAGCCAAUUCAUCAAUGAUUUCUCAGUUGGCUAGUACUGGAAGAGUGAAAAAGAUAUUUGCUCACUGCUUGGAUGGUGAAAACGGGGGUGGUAUUUUUGCUAUUGGGCAUGUUGUGGAGCCACGAGUUAAUACGACACCGAUCAUACAAGACCAGCCCCAUUACAAUGUCAAUAUGACAGCUGUUCAAGUUGGUCACGAUAUGCUAAACCUUUCAGCAGAGGUAUUUGAUGCUGGGGAGAAAAAGGGGGCAAUCAUUGAUAGUGGUACUACACUGGCCUAUCUCCCAGAAAUGGUUUAUACGCCUUUGGUAACCAAGAUAAUAUCUGAGCAACCUAAUCUAAGGGUUCAAACUGUACACGAUGAAUAUACAUGUUUUCAGUAUUCUGGAAGUGUGGAUGAUGCAUUUCCAAAUGUGACUUUCCAUUUUGAAAAUUCACUCUUACUGAGGGUGUAUCCACACGAAUAUCUGUUCCCUUUUGAGGGCUACUGGUGUCUUGGUUGGCAAAACAGUGGGCUGCAAUCCAGGGAUAGAAGGAACAUGACUUUGUUAGGAGAUUUAGUGCUCUCAAACAAACUAGUGUUGUACGAUCUUGAAAACCAAGCCAUUGGAUGGACAGAGUAUAAUUGCUCGUCGACCAUUACCGUGAAGGAUGAAAAGACCGGAACAGUACAUUUAGUGGGAUCCCAUACUAUUCCAUCCUCUGCAUCCAAUUUUCGUGCAGAAUGGGCCGUAGUACUCUUGUUGCUAAGUACAUUGCUGCUAUAG